UUUGCCGCACACAAUACAAUCGAAAUCCACACAGCCAUUUUCACUCUCCUCUCCCUCCCUCUCUGUCUCUCCCCCUGUUUCUCUCUCUCUAAAAUUGGAACUUCGGCUGUGGAAGACGAAAACUAGCUUACGAAGCUUCAAUCGAAUCGCUGAUUCAAGUUGUUUUUGAAAUGCACCGUGUGGGUAGUGCGGGGAACACAAGCAAUUCUAGUCGCCCUCGCAAGGAGAAGAGGCUAACAUACGUGUUAAAUGAUGCUGAUGACACAAAGCAUUCUGCAGGUGUGAAUUGUCUGGCUGUACUUAAGUCAUUGGGAGCUGAUGGGUGUGAUUACCUCUUCACUGGGAGUCGUGAUGGCACACUUAAAAGAUGGGAUUUGAUGGAAGAUGCAGCUACCUGCUCUACUACUUUUGAGUCUCAUGUGGACUGGGUUAAUGAUGCUGUUCUUGCAGGUGAUAAUACACUUGUUUCCUGCUCCUCAGACACCACCCUUAAGACGUGGAACUGUUUGACUGAUGGAACAUGCACAAGGACUCUCCGUCAACACUCUGACUAUGUCACUUGUCUUGCUGCCGCAGACAAAAAUAGCAAUAUUGUUGCCUCUGGUGGACUUGGAGGGGAGGUUUUCGUAUGGGAUCUUGAGUCUGCACUUGUUCCACUCUCAAAGUCCGGUGAUGCAAUGGAAGAGGAUUCUCCAAAUGGCAUCAGUGGUUCCGGGAAUUCACUACCGAUUACUAGUUUACGCACUAUAAGCUCGAGCAACUGCAUUUCUACACACACAAAUCAGUCCAAUGGAUAUGUUCCAAUUGCUGCCAAAGGCCAUAAGGAGUCAGUUUAUGCAUUGGCGAUGAGUGAUAGUGGAACACUUCUUGUCUCUGGUGGAACAGAGAAGGUUGUUCGUGUUUGGGAUCCAAGAACUGGUUCAAAGACUAUGAAGCUACGAGGUCAUACUGAUAAUAUUAGGACUUUGCUUCUGGAUUCUACUGGCAGACUUUGCCUAUCAGGAUCUUCUGAUUCUAUGAUCAGACUCUGGGAUCUUGGUCAGCAGCGCUGUGUGCACUCCUAUGCUGUCCAUACAGAUUCUGUUUGGACUCUUGCCAGCACUCCAACAUUUAGUCAUGUUUAUAGUGGUGGGAGAGAUCUUUCUUUAUACUUGACAGACUUGGCAACGAGAGAGAGUCUUUUGCUCUGCACAGGGGAACACCCCAUUCUGCAAUUGGCUUUACAAGAUGAUAAUAUAUGGGUUGCAACAACAGAUUCUUCCAUCAAUAGAUGGCCUGCUGAAGGACGUAACCCUCAGAAGGUCUUUCAAAGAGGUGGUUCUUUCUUGGCUGGAAACUUAUCCUUUUCUCGGGCAAAGAUUUCCUUAGAAGGAUCUACCCCUGUUCCUGUUUACAAAGAACCAACACUUGUCAUUCCUGGAACCCCUGGAAUAGUGCAGCAUGAAAUUUUGAAUAAUAGGAGGAAUGUGUUGACUAAGGAUACCUUUGGUUCAGUGAAGCUGUGGGAGAUCAGCAGGGGCAUUGUCAUUGAGAAUUAUGGAAAGGUGUCAUUUGAGGAGAAAAAGGAAGAGCUAUUUGAGAUGGUAAGCAUUCCUGCUUGGUUCACUGUGGAUACCAGGCUUGGAAGUUUAUCUAUCCAUUUGGACACCCCACAAUGCUUUUCAGCCGAGAUGUACUCAACUGACCUUAACAUUGUUGGGAAACCCGAGGAUGAUAAGGUUAAUCUAGCCCGGGAAACCCUUAAAGGACUUUUGGCUCAUUGGUUGGCUAAACGAAAGCAAAGAUUUGGAUUCCAGGCUUCAGCCAAUGGGGAUGUGUCAUCUGGAAAGGAUAUUAGCCAUAGAAGUCUUACCCAUUCAAGAAUCGAAGUUGAUUUUAAUGCCGAGAAUGAUGCAAUGGUAUAUCCUCCAUUUGAAUUUUCAACUGUUUUCCCUCCUUCCAUCAUUACUGAGGGCUCUCAUGGAGGUCCAUGGAGAAAAAAGAUUACUGAUUUAGAUGGAACUGAAGAUGAGAAAGACUUUCCCUUCUGGUGUCUGGACUGUGUGCUAAAUAAUCGCCUACCCCCAAGAGAAAAUACCAAGUGCAGCUUUUAUUUGCAUCCAUGUGAAGGCUCAGCUGUCCAGAUCCUGACACAAGGGAAACUAAGCGCGCCUCGUAUAUUGAGGAUUCAAAAAGUGGUUAAUUAUGUUAUAGAAAAGAUGGUUCUUGACAAGCCCUUAGAUGGUACAAAUACCGAUGGAACAUUUGCUUCCGGACUUGUUGGAGGGCAGUUGCCACAUACAGUGGUUGGAGAUGGAUCCUUUCGGUCAGGAUUGAAGCCUUGGCAAAAGCUUAAACCCUCUAUAGAGAUAUUGUGCAACAAUCAGGUCUUGUCCCCAGACAUGAGCUUAGCCACAGUUCGGGGUUAUAUUUGGAAGAAAUCUGAGGACCUUGUUCUUAAUUAUAGAGUGGUCCAGGGCAGGUGACUCAUAUAACAUUCAGGAGGAAGACAAAGGUUGUGGAGAAGGAUUUUUCAUAUUGAUGUAUAUGACCUUUUGGUGGCCCGAGAAUGCUUGCCACUUGAUUUGGUGCUCAUAUACAUGUUUGAGCAUGAACAUAUAUUAAUUAGGAGACGACAGGAAUUAGCUUCACGGGGGUUUUAGAGUGAGGUUUCUUCUCCCCCCCUCUCCCCUACAUUGCUCCCCAAACAGUGGGGGAAGGAACUUUGAUAGUGUAGGAGGGGAUUUCCAGUACUGACCAGAUAGGUUUGUUUGCCCACUCUAUUAAGAAAAAAAAAUCAGUUAUCCAAUAAUGUCUGAGCAAUUUCAAGUGUAGUUACUAAUACUUGCAGGUCAGAUUGUGCUUGUGUAAAAUAUGGAGGAAUAUGAUUCUUCAUGGGGGUGCUUAUGGUGAUCAAAGUAUGUAUCAGGUUUGUAAAUUUGAAAGCCAAAUUGAUUGCUGAAUAUGGCCGCAUUCUCCGAAUGUGCUGUGAAGUUUUUGGUAAAGCAGUUCCAAAUGCAGCAUGCAAAGCUUUCAUUGGACGUUGCAAAAUCGUUAUCGAGCCGAGUCUUGCGUGCAGAAACAGAAGGGUUUUUGAGUAUGGAGUAGAAUUGAGAGAAGUAUUGUUGGAUCAUCUUGAGGAGCCAAAUUUAGGGAUAUAAUGAUGUCGAAAGCUUUGUAGAUCGGAUAUUGCGGUUACAUACCUAGUCAAUAUAGAAACUCUGUUGAUUUAUUGAA